AUGUCUCAUUCGGGGCCCAAACCGGCGACCAAACGGUUCCGUUGCCAAUACGGAGACUGUUUGUAUGAGACGGACAGUCGGCGCGACUUCAGUCAGCACGAGAGCCGCCACAAAAACAUACGGGACAUUCAGUGCCAAACUGCCGGCUGUGGCAAGAGGUUUGUGUCUCACUUCGAUCUGCGCCGACAUAUGGUUGGUGUCCAUCAAACACGUCCGGCACCAGUGAUCUAUCGGUGCGAUCACAAGGACUGUGACUAUAAAACGCAAUACAAGAUGGCAUUGACUCAACACCAGAAGAUCCAUCUGAAGACUACGGGUGGACCCAAACGACACCAAUGCGAGUACGAGGGCUGCGAUUACGGGACAGACUGUCGGCGCGAUUUUGAUGAUCACCAGAAGCGCCGGCACCUGAACCUCAAGGAGUACAAGUGCUCGGCCGACACGUGCGACAAAGGGUUUGUCACCAAAUAUGAGCUCAAGAAACACUCGGAACAGCAUGUGGUCGACCCGUCUGAGCGCCGUUUCACCUCAAAACGGGUCAAGAGAUACCGGUGUCCGGAACCGGAUUGCGGCCAGUAUUCUGUGAGCCCGUCGGCGCUCAUUAAACACCAAAAAUCUCGACACAACACUGAACGGCCGCAUCGGUGCGAUUGGCCCGCGUGUGGGGCGGCGUUCAAACUGAAACACGCGCUAACUUUACACGUGUCCAGACAUACGGCCAGUAAAGUGUUGGAGUGUCCGGUCGAGGGCUGCGGCAAACAGUUUGUUAAUUAUAGCAAUCUUAGUAACCAUAAACAGAUCCAUGAGUUGCCCAACCGGUGCUUAUGGCCUGAUUGUGGCCAACGGUUUGCCUAUAAGUCUCAGUUGACGGCUCACACCAACCGACACGCGGGCGUCCGGCCGUUCGCGUGUCCGCACGUGGGCUGCGGUCAGAGUUUUUUAAACGAAAAAGGUUUAAAUCGACAUAAAUUGAAGUUUCAUCACAAAGUUUUGUGA